AUGGACAGCGACGAGAAAAGCUCAGCUCAGAGUGCUACUAGCGAGGAACCGCCCGAAGAACCAUAUACCGUUUUCAGCAAGGGAAUGAGGAUAUGGAUUGUGGCACUGGUUUCCGUCUCGGCGUUGAUAUCGCCCUUUGGCGUCGCCAUGUUCCUUCCGGCACUCAACACGCUAUCCGAUGUUUUGCACAUUACUCCUGUGCAGGUCAACCUUUCGGUCACUACUUUCAUGAUUGCCCAAGGCAUAGCUCCAACUAUUUUUGGUACCCUGUCAGACAACAGUGGUCGGAGACUGACAUUUAUCAUCUGCUUCGUUAUAUUCUGCGUCGCCAAUGUCGGCCUCGCCCUCCAAACAAGCUACGUCGCGCUCCUCCUCCUACGGAUGCUCCAAGCCGUCGGCGGCACGGCCGCCAUCGCCCUCAGCAUGGCCGUCGUCGCCGACAUUUCCACAUCCGCCAAUCGCGGUACCUACAUGGGAUAUGCUCAAGCAGGCAUCCUCGUAGGCCCCGCCUUUGGCCCUACCAUCGGCGGCCUCCUCGACCGCUACCUCGGCUGGCGCGCCAUCUUCUGGUUCCAAUGCAUCUUCUCCGGCGUGCUCCUCAUAAUCUUCAUCUUCUUCUUCCCGGAAACGUGCCGCAAAGUCGUGGGCAACGGCUCCAUCCCCGCCAGAGGCGUAAACCGCUCCGUAAUCAGCUGCAUCCAAGACCGCAAGCAGCGCAAAGCCAACCCGGGAAAACACAUUGCGAGACCGCCCCGCCAAAGAAUCGCCUGGCCCAAUCCCCUCGCUACACUGAGCAUCUUCGCCGAAAAAGAAUCCGGACUCCUGCUGCUCUACAACGGCUUCUUCUUCACCGGCAUGAUGGUGUCGGUUGCCGCGAUCCCAGAUCUCUUCCACAACGUCUACGGCCUCGAUUCCCUCGACAUCGGCCUGUGCUACAUUUCCAACGGCGUCGCCUCCUUCCUUGCCUCCAUGACCAUGGGCCGCCUCGCAGACUGGAAUUUCCGCCGCCACGCCCACAAGCUCGGCAUCCCCAUUGUCCGCGGCAAGCAGCAGGAUCUCAGCAACUUUCCAAUUGAGCGUGUUCGCCUGGAAAUCCUCAUCCCGUCUCAUAUUAUAGGCGUCGUCGGCCUGAUUAUCUUCGGCUGGACCCUGUAUUUCCGAACGCAUAUCGCCGGCCCGGAAGUCGCUCUGUUCAUCAUGGGCUUUGGCAUUACGGGCGCGUUCAACGUUACCAACGGGUUGCUUGUAGAGCUGCACCGCGACAAGCCUGCUACUGCGACGGCGGCUGUGAAUUUCGCGCGGUGUCUGAUGAGUGCGGGUGGCGCGGCGGCUAUUCUGCCCAUGUGUCGCGCUAUGAAUACGGGCUGGGCGUUUACGUUUAUCGCGCUUGUGUACAUCUUGCUGUUGGGACUCGUGCUGUGGAUUAUGCGCCAUGGCAUGACGUGGAGGCAGGAGUUGGCCGAGAAGCAGAAGCAGAAGAUGAAGCUUAAAAAGGAAAAGGAAGACAAGGAGGCGAGGGAGAGGGAUACGGUUUGA